AUGUUUAUCCCUGCUUUGCUAACAGCGCAUAGCUGUGUCGGACACGUCCACCUGGUCCUCGGUUCUGGGCCUCUCGCUGCCGCGAGGUGCGCAAAGUCUCUCGAGGUUGGCGCCCUCCCUGCCGUCAUGUUUUCCGAAACCGAGAAACCCUACUUCACCCUUGCCGCAGCCAUUGACCAGGGCAGAGUGCGUUGGAUACGGCGGGAGUUUGAAGAGCAGGACCUGAAGACAUUGGGAAGAGAGGAAGUAGGUGGCUAUGUGGACGCGCUGUUUGUCACUCUUCCUGUCAAAGACCCUCGAACCAUUCAGGUAUCCAACCUGUGCAAGCGCAUGCGGAUACCUGUCAAUGUGGUGGAUGCACCGAACCUUUGCACGUUCACGCUUCUGUCGACUUAUUCAGAUGGCCCACUUCAAAUCGGAAUAACCACAUCAGGCAAUGGCUGCAAGCUAUCAUCGCGCAUUCGGCGUGAGAUUGCGUCGACCCUACCUCCCAAAUUCGGCUCUGCUGUAGAGAGACUUGGAACAGUGCGAAGGCGGAUAUGGGCAGAGGAUUUUAAGUCUCACACCUCAAAUCCCGCCGAAGCGCCCGACGUUGAAGCCGAAGACGAAGAGGCCGCGGCGCAGAAAUAUACGUUCAACUCAUUGGUCAAGGAAGACGAUCGGGAUCCAGCCGUUUUGCGCACGCGUCGCAUGAGGUGGCUUUCGCAGAUAUGCGAGUACUGGCCGCUAAGUCGACUUGCAGCAAUCACAGACGCAGAUGUGGCAACCAUACUCGAGGCAUACAGGACCACUGCUCAAACGCCUGCUCCACGCCUGGAUAACACCUCCGGUCUGCUUCCGGCUCCGGCUCCCCGCAAAGGCACGAUCACUUUGGCUGGCUCAGGCCCAGGGCAUCCUUCUCUACUGACAAUCGCCGCCCGAACAGCCAUUGAAACAGCCCAUGUCAUUUUGGCUGACAAGCUUGUUCCUGCCGAAAUCCUAGCCCUCAUCCCUCGUAGAACUCCUAUCCAUAUCGCACGAAAAUUUCCUGGCAAUGCGGACGCUGCGCAAGAAGAAAUGCUUCAAAUGGGGCUGGAGGCCAUGGAAGAAGGCAAGGACGUCCUCCGGCUGAAGCAAGGUGAUCCAUAUCUAUACGGCCGUGGAGCCGAAGAAGUGACCUUCUUCCGGGAACGAGGUUUCGAGGUCAGAGUGAUACCUGGCAUUACCAGCGCUCUGUCAGCACCCAUGUUCGCCGAUGUCCCGGUAACUCAUCGGGCUGUUGCUGACCAAGUCGUCAUUUGCACCGGGACUGGGAGAAAAGGAGCAUCGCCUGAACCGCCGUCUUAUCGGAAGAGCAAGACCGUGGUAUUCUUGAUGGCGUUGCAUAGGUUAGAGAGUUUGGUCAAAAGUCUGACACAGGACUCGGAGGCUCAGAACCCGGAAGCGAAAAGACGGGCACUCUGGCCCUCAAGUACACCAUGCGCUGUGAUCGAAAGAGCCAGCUGUCCGGAUCAGAGGGUGAUCCGAUCGACUCUUGAGUACGUCUGUCAGGCGGUGGAAGAGGAAGGGUCCAGACCGCCCGGCUUACUUGUCGUUGGCAAUUCUUGCGAAGUGCUGUACAAGGCUGACCAAGACAAGAGAUGGACCGUUGAAGAGGGCUUCAGAGGUCUCGGCGCCGCCGGAUCAGCUGCUUCGGAGCUUGAUAUACUAAAAGAGGUAGAAAAUGUGUCGUCGAAGGAGAUCAAGGAGCGGCCCAAAGCAAAUGGAGAGCCGCAUCCUGGGAUAACGACUUGA